AUGUAUCCGUCUGACGCUUACAAGGCGCUAUAUGGUAUCUCUAAGUCCUUCUAUCGAGAGAUCAGCGGAUUCGUCAACGGACUACCGGUAGCAGACUUUGACCGCGCAUUGCUAUGGUUCCCUGAAAGUGGUACACACGGUAUAGAGCGUCGGGAAACCCAGGGAGAAGUAUUACCGACGUGGUCGUGGUCAUGCUUAAGAGGCUAUUCUGAUCCUGCGAUCUACCAAGGAAUGGACUUCUAUGGAACUCUAGUCCUUUGGUAUCAUGCAAAUUGCGAAGUCUCAUCUCUGGGUUCCAUAAUAGCCUUCAAUCACGACGGCACGGAACCUAAUGAUGGUUGGCAGGUUUACAUGGCGAUUGCUAGCAAAGAACGAUGCGUGGAAGGUGUAUCUCUCGCUUUCUCGUUGGCAUCUGACAGCUUCCUGACUGUUCGUGAGCUAGUCGACACCCGUUGGAAGGAUUACGAGUCAUUCUGCAAAGAAGCCUUCCCGUUUACUAUCGAUGUGUCUGAAAUGCCAUAUGGAAUUUUAACGGACGGGAUAAAAAACGGACUAAUUACAACAAGAUCCCAAGCUGUGCUUCUUCGAAUCGCGACAAAGACAAGCCCUGUUCGUACUAUUGAUAUCAUCAACUCAGAAGGAGAUACAAUUGGCGAACUCUGCGGAGACGCGGAUCAUUUGAGAAAAGAGCUCACUUCCCUGGGAUAUAACGCCGUCGUCGAGUUCGAGUUCAUCGCUCUCUCCUUGUCUGGGACCCCAAUCAGGUCUUACCAGAGAGACAAGCUUGGGCGGAAGAACUAUGUUGAUGCCGAUGGGAAUUCAUUGGAAAAAGUACCUAUCGUGAACGUGCUGAUGAUUGCGAACAGUGGAGGUCUUGCACAUCGUCGGGAGCUGGGUUGGGUAUACCUGAGGGACUGGGCCAGGCUUCAGCGAGAGCAGAAGGUCGUGGUUCUUGAGUAA